AUACCUGCGAAAGAUUGAACCAGAGUAUGGCUUUCGGCGACUAUCCCGCGGAAUAUAAUCCGAAGGUCCAUGGACCAUACGAUCCAGCUCGCUUCUACGGGAAGACGGAUACUCCGUUCGGCCAAGUAAAACUGAACGAGCUAGGUUCAUGGUUUGGUCGCCGUGACAAAAAUCCGCGGGCUGUAGCUGGCGUAUUUAGUCGUGCGUUUUGGAGAUGGCAACAUAAAUACAUGCAGCCGAAGCGAACCGGAAUCGCUCCCUUUUUCCAAGUGAUUGUGGGUGGAAUGGUGUUUUUCUACACGAUUAACUAUGGCAAGCUGAAGCACCAUCGCAACUACAAGUAUCACUAAACGCUACUGGAGGAUGCUUACUCGGUGAACAUGAGGCAGUCAGGAACAUCAUCGAUUGCUGAGAAUCCAUCCCGGGAGCAAAUAUGAUGCAAAAUGUAGUAAAAAUUGAGAGGAGCGUCAUGGAAAGAGCUGAAAUUAUGUAACGAAAAAAAAAAAAUAAAACCCAAUAUUUGAUGAACCUUGAAC